UUCCUUAUUAAUCAUCAUCACCCUUUGGUCUCUCUUACUCUGAGCUUUUUAAAUCUUCACUGAGCUGAACCUCAAAAUUCAACGCCUAGGGUAACGUUCUCUUUUUUAGAUCCACGGUGCAGAUUUAUUUUGAGAUCAUUUCUUAAAUUUCUUUUCGUUGAUCUCUCAGUGUACAAUUUGAUUGAGACAUUUGAAUGGCGGCGGUUGUCGGAGCUAGGUCGUCGACGUUGAAUCCGAACGCGCCAAUGUUUAUCCCAGCGGCCUUUCGUCAAGUCGAGGAUUUCUCUCCGGAAUGGUGGGAGCUAGUCAAAACGUCCACUUGGUUCCGUGAUUACUGGCUCAGCGAGCAUCAGGAGGAGAGUUUCGCGGCGGAUGACGAAGACGACGACGCGUAUGUCGCCAAUUUGUUACCGGAAUCUUUCGAGCCCGGGUUCGAUGAAGAAUUGGUUGAUCUCGAUGCUCAGUUCCAGGAGUUCCUCGAAUCCGAAAGUAGAGAAAAAACAGAAGCAAAGAAGGAUCUAAACGGUGUUGGAAUGAAUGCCAAGGCUUUAAUAAGGAGUUUGAGCUUGCCUAAAUCCCCGAGAGAGAGAGGUACGAGGUGUUUCGAGAAGCCAGCUAAGCAGGUAAGUUCCAGUCCCAAAUCCAGAUGCAGUCCGCGACGAAUCCAGCAACCUCGUUGAGAAAACAUCCUCCUCACUGUCACUGACAUGAGUUAGCAUUAUUAUCUAGUACGAGGAGUUUCUUCUUUUCAGGUCAAAGUGUUUGUACAUAGGAUAGGAGCUUACAGCUUUUGAUAUGCUUUUGUUGUUGUUGUUGUUUUAACUUUAACACCUUUGUGUUUUGCUUUACUUUUGUCUUUCUGCCUUUUGCGAGGUUAUGCACAAAUGUAUGAAAGUGUUACGCGAAUCUAAAUAAACUUUGUUUGCUCCUUUUUAUUUA